AUGGCUGCUGUGCGCUUUGGACCCGCGCUGGGUUUUGCUGUGUGCGAAAAGCAGCUUUGCUAUGGCGAUGUCGGAAACUACAUGCCAUGUCGUAUGCACAUGUUCCGAGGCGGCGGGAUCGUCAAAAGUCGCAGGGAUCCGCCGUUGCGCUAA